UUUUUUUUGUAGCAUAGAAGAUACUUUUUUAUUUCUCAUUCAUUUGUGUUUACCUUUUUUUAUUUUUCUUAUACGAUUAUAUGAUUCUUCCUUUAGCUAGAACUACUUUUCGACCGUGUAAAUUACGUUCUUUUACAAGCAUAACAACUAAUGCAGCACUUGGAAAGCAACUAGCGGCAGUGAAUGCGAUAGACCAAUCAAUACAACCAGAAAAACAUCACAUUGUUGGUUUGGGUUCUGGAUCAACGAUAGAAUACGCCAUACAACGGAUAGCAACACGUCCUGAUCUUCACUCUUUGAUAUAUAUACCUACAAGUUAUCAAACUCGACAACUUAUUAUUCAAAACAAAUUACGACUAGGAACCUUGGAAGAAUGUACUAAUGGUAUUGACAUAACCAUUGAUGGCGCAGAUGAAAUUGAUCGGGAUCUCCAUUGUAUUAAGGGCGGUGGAGGUUGUUUAUUUCAGGAAAGAUUGGUGGCUCAAGCUUCUCAAGAAUGGAUUGUUAUUGCCGAUGAAAGAAAGAAAUCCGAAAGCUUGGGAACCAAGUAUCUUCGUGGUAUUCCGGUUGAAGUGGUGCCAAUGGCAGUAACAUCGGUUCAAAGUAUUCUGAUAAAGAUGUUUCCAAAAGCAACAAUACAAUUACGUAUGGCCACUCCAACUGACAAAGCAGGUCCUGUGGUGACUGAUAAUGGCAACCUAUUACUUGACUGUCAUCUUGGUUCAUUAGGCUCACUGGCUCCUUCUAUAUAUCAAGAUAUCAAACUACUUACAGGUGUCGUGGAUGUCGGUCUAUUUUGUCAUAUGGCGAAAAAAGUUUACUUUGGAAACACAGAUGGAACUGUAGAUGUCUGGACAAAAAGUUAAUAUAUUAGAAUUUUUGUAGUUUCAUUUUUUUUUUUAUCAAUCAAUAAAAUCUUUGAAUACAUCCAUUU